AUGAUGGAGAAACAUGACAUAGAUAUAAGUGAAAGUUUGAAAACCUUGAACCUUAAACUAAAGGAACUAGAUAAAAAAAUACAAAGUUAUUCUUCAGGUUCAAGCCGCAAAGGUCCCUCUGGCGUUUCAAAAGGAGAGACUCUGAUGACACCUAACUCACACCCCAAGCAGUUUUCGAGACAUGAUAUAAAUGAAACAGUUGAAGUAUGCAAUCAGUUGUGGGUUGUUAAUGGUCUAAUUGACGAUUAUAAACAAUCAACAAACUUUACUGACAAGCUGAAAAGUUUUUAUAGACUUCAAAAGAAAAUUGAUCAGAUUAAAUCAGGAUACAUGCCUCAAAGCGAAGUAUCUCAAGUGAAAAUAUUUGGUGAGUUGGAUAACCUAUUAAUCAGUUAUCAAACAGAGCUGAACGAUACCUCGAAUCACAAAUUUCAAGAGUAUUUUAACAUUAGAGAAUAUCCUGACAUUAAAAUCUUCCCAGAAGUUGAUGGUGUUCUGAUGAAUGAGUUUUUCAAGUUGACUCGUGGAUUAUUAAGUGUAAAAAUAAAUGAGCACUUUAAUAUUGCUAAGAUUUUUAACAAUCUAUUGAACACAGCUUUUGAUAAAUUCGACGAUGGGUUUGUUGUUGAAAUGGAAAAAAAUGUUUUACACUUUGAAAAAUCUGAGUAUAGUUUUUUUGGGUUAGUGAACUCUGUUCAGCAAGUAAUAUGUUUCAUUGAUUAUACAGCUUCACUAAUCUGCGACAUACCUGAGUAUUCGAACUUCAGAUAUAUUUUGGGUAAAACUAUAUUGAGGGAGUUGAGGCGUAGGAUGUUUGACAGAAAAAAUGUCUAUUUGUUAAUUGUCGAAAAGCUUGGCUAUGAUGAUGAUGAUGAUAAUGGUAAUAAAUAUAAGGUCACUAUGGAGCAGUCGAGUAUAGCCGUACUCUAUAAGAUUGCUUCUCAACUAUCAACAGAAGGUUGGUCUACUGACGGAAUCUGUGAUUUGGAAUUUUGGAUUGAUGAUUUGAUAACGUCUUGGGUAGAUAAUCUUGUGGAUGGCACUGUGGACGAGUUUAAGAUUCUUGUUUUAAGGCUUAUCCACAAAGAAUUUGAGGGUGAACUAAACGAAAAUAAUUUGAUAACAGUCGAAAUCGGGGAUGAUUAUGGCAAAGAAAGUGCUGCUUUAAAUGGUCAAUCAAUUACAAACGAAUGGAACAAUGACUGGGGGAAGCAUGAUGUUUGGGAAGCUGAUGGAGAUAAGGAUGGUGAUGGCGACUGUACUGAUAAGAAGGAGGUGGAAGGGAAACUGGACCAAAGCGAUCUUGGAUUAGAACUCGAAGAUGAUGGUGGCUGGGAUGUGGAUGAGGAGCUAGACUUGGAUUCUAUUUCAGAAGCUAGUCAAAAAGGAAAAGCAAAAAUUGAUGAUGACGAUUGGGGCGCAUGGGAGGAAGAAGUGGACUUGGAACUUGACGAUGCUACCUCGAGAAACUUAAAUAAAACUACAUUCAAGUAUUCCCCUUUAGUUUUACAUUUACUGAAAGUUAUUGAGAGGUAUAUGAUGAAUUAUACUAGUUUGAAAGAGCUUGGAGUUAGUGAAGAUCAAGUAGAAGAUUCAAAGGCAUUAUUCAAACAGGGUUUAAAGAAACUGUGCACUUCUUAUUUUAUGAUGAUAGAAUCGCAGCUAUUUACUACAUACAAGAAUAGUGUUUUAUUUUAUAAUGAUUUCAACAAGUUACUAGAAGAAUGUGGCAGGGUUUAUGAUAUUGAUUUCACAAAUUGUCAUAAGAUGAAUUUAUCAUUCAUUAACGAGUAUGUUAACGAUAAAAUCCUGCUAUUGGUUAAAGUGCUUGAUGAUUAUGCGCUGACUAUUUGGAAUGAUGAUGAGCUUGAUAACGGUGAAAAAUUGGAAGGGUAUUCGAAGGAAUUUUUAAUUAGAUUUAAUUCGCAAUUUGACGAAGUAUUUUUUGAGUUGUCAAAAUUGAGUCAUCUAAACAAGCAAUUGGUUGUCAAUACAUUAAUCACUAUUACAUUCCAAGUAUCAAACAAUAUAUGUAAUAGGAUAACAUGUAGGAAGGAUAUCUCCUCCUUUGAAUCCAACAUACUCAGCAACAUCAUAGAUUCCAUCACCCAGCAACUUGAACAAAAGGUCAAUACUAUGGGUAUUAAAGCUGAAGGAAUCCAAUCUUGGACAAAAUUACAGCAAAUCAAGUUGGUGCUAUCAGCCAACCUUAAAGGUAUCCUUGAUGAUUUUUACGAUGCUAAGUUUUACGAGCUUGAAACUCAUGAAUUAGUGUCCCUAAUAAAAAGCCUAUUUGUUGAAAGUCCACAACGAACUAGGACUAUAACUGAAAUACAAUCAGCCAGGGAAACGCAAACAUGA